CGGGACCAUAAUUCCAGCCUCCACAUCCUGGCUGCGAGGAUGGCGGCUCGGAGCCAUCAUGGCCUGUAAACAACAGCAUCAAACUCACGGAAACGGGAUCUGAUCGCUGGCCCGGUGUGCGGCAUUUGGUCUGGGGUAGAGCGGAGAAAACCAAAGUGCUUUUCAACGAUGCGUCGAAGGUGUGUCUGAUUGAUAUCCUUCAGACGGGACAUCGUUCUUCUUAGUGGGUACCUUACAAGCCAUGUCCUCACAGCAGCCCAACAGCUCAGCUUCCAACAGCCCUACCAGCAUCUUGGGUUCUCCAUUUUCAGUCAUCAGCCCCUCUCUUAACUCGCCAGGGAUCUCUCCCUCUUUGGGAUUUGGACCCAUCAGCAGCAGUCAGAUCUCUUCUUCAGGACCAAUAUCAGGGAUGCAUUCAGUCAGCAGCUCAGAAGAUAUCAAGCCUCCAUUUGGCCUGAGGUCCAUGUCACACAGCCCGGGAAUAAUGACAUCUCAGAAACGACUGUGUGUGAUCUGUGGAGACCGCUCCUCUGGAAAACAUUACGGAGUGUACAGCUGUGAGGGUUGCAAAGGUUUUUUUAAGCGAACUGUGCGCAAAGACCUAAGCUACACCUGCAGGGACAACAAAGAGUGCCUGGUCGACAAACGCCAGCGCAAUCGCUGCCAGUACUGCCGCUACCAGAAGUGCCUGGCCAUGGGUAUGAAGAGGGAAGCAGUCCAGGAGGAGCGCCAGAGGAACCGAGAGCGUGAGGGAGAGCUGGAUUUUGGUGUUGGGGUGAAUGACGAGAUGCCUGUGGAGAAGAUCUUGGAGGCAGAGACGGCUGUGGAGCAGAAGACUGAGCUUCACUCUGAUGGAGGCUCCGGGGGAAACUCGCCCCAUGAUGCUGUUUCCAACAUGUGUCAGACUGCAGACAAACAGUUGUUUGCUUUGGUGGAGUGGGCAAAGAGGAUCCCUCAUUUCUCUGAACUGCCCCUUGACGACCAGGUCAUCCUUCUGCGUGCAGGGUGGAAUGAGCUUUUGAUUGCAUCGUUCUCCCAUCGAUCCAUUCCUCUGAAGGAUGGAGUUCUUCUGACGUCUGAGCUGCAGCGCGACAGUUUACACACUGCUGGAGUCGGAGCCAUUUUUGACAGAGAGAGUGUGCAGAGUGCAGAAGUUGGUGCCAUAUUUGACAGGGUUCUGACUGAGCUCGUCAAUAAAAUGAGAGAUAUGCAAAUGGACAAAACAGAACUGGGCUGCCUCCGCGCUAUCGUCCUGUUCAACCCAGAUGCCAAAGGUCUCUCUAACACAAGUGAGGUUGAGCUCCUUCGAGAAAAGGUCUAUGCAUCAUUGGAAUCUUACUGUAAACAGAAGUAUCCAGAGCAGCAAGGAAGGUUUGCUAAACUCCUCCUCCGACUGCCAGCACUGCGAUCCAUCGGCUUGAAGUGCUUGGAGCACCUGUUUUUCUUCAAGCUGAUCGGUGACACACCCAUUGACACUUUCCUCAUGGAAAUGCUUGAAGCCCCCCAUCAGUUGUCUUAGAUAGGAAACCUGUAAACUCGUACUGUGGUUUAGAUAGCUGGAGUCUGAGAAGUGGGCGUGGGACUGGCGUGGCACUUUAAGUUCUUUUAAAAUUUGUCAUAUUUGUCUCACUGCUGUCUGCGUUACACUUUAGUGCAGCACAGAUUUGCUUUUUAGACCAAACCCAAGGCUUGGCAUGAUCUACAAGCUGGUGCUAUGUGUUGUCAUAACUUUGAGUAUGGUAAAACAUUGAUAUUUUUUUGAAAAAAAAAUGUAAAAAUGUAUGCAUCUCUCUCACAACAGCUAUAAUUUGGGUAUCCCUUUUUUAUAUAAGCUUUUUAAACACCUAAACAUGAAGAUUUUGUCGUCUCUCCAACUAAGCUUUUUGCCUAACAUCUUUUUCUCAAAUUUGAACAGAAGGCAACCCAAAUUAUGAGCAUACAUUAAGAAUACUCUUUUUUUUCUUUUUUAAAUGCAUUUUAAUGAAAGCCAGACCCUGACACAGAAGAGAGGUUGAAAUUGUCCAGCCCGAUUCAUCUGUGUUUAUAUAUAAACAGUGUUUAUAUAUGUGUUUACUUCUUCACACAAAAAAUUCUAAUCACUUUUGUGGUUAAUGAUUUGACUGUACUGCACUCUUGCGAUAGACUAUUUCUAAAAUAUACUUUGAGCGAACACCUGACCUCUAAAUGGCAAGGUGUGUCUUUUGGUGCUAUUUCAAGUAUAAUUUGACAUUAUUAGUGCGGUUGUACUUCAAACCUAAGAAAAUAUGCAAAAGUAAAAAUUCAUUUGUUAAUAUGCUUAAAAUGUAGCAAUAUAAAAUGUAAACUGCAUUCAGGGUUUUACAAGGUAAAUUGUGACCAGCGGAAAGGGAAUGCUCCCAUUUUGUAAUUUAUCUACUCGUUUCUAAGGUACUGUGCAAAAGUAAUUGUUCAGGGAAAAUGUAGUUUGAAAACUUUCAAUUCUGAUUAGGAAAUACAAAUUGUAUUAUAUUAAAUUUGUGCCCUUGUUUUUAUCUUUUUUUUUUUUUUUUUUUUUAAGCGACUAUAAAAGCAAAAUGUGUCUUGGGUUGCACUGGAUUUGCUGAGACUCUUUUGGUGCACUUUUUUAUCAGUUUUCUUUCCCCAAAUUUCUUCUUUUUUUUUUUUUGUAGCUAGCUAUCUUGCGCAUCAUUAUGUUUCUGCAGUUUAUUAAAAGUAAGCCCUAAUCACGUAAAUCCAUAACAGAUGUGGAUACAGUUAUUUAAAAAAAGAAAAACAAAAAAAAAAAGACCAAAUGAGAUCUGUGAUGGCCACAUGAAAACACCAGACGAGCAGCGCUGUUAAACUUGCCAUCAACCUUUUUAUGGUCUUGAAUGUCAAGUGACUUGAAGCAUGGGUUGUGUGGACUAAAAAAACAACAAAAAAAUAAAGAUGCUUAAGUAUUG